AUGGGUGGAGAGGGCAACGGGGGGGGGUGGGGUGUUGUUCUGUUUUGUCUUUUUGUCUGUGUUGGUUUUUUUGGGUUGUGUUGUUUGUGUUGUUGGUGUUUUUUGUUGUCGUCUCGUGGGUCGUGGGUCUGUGGUCGGGGGGGGGGUUGGGGUCGGUGGGGUGCGGGGGGCGGGGUGGUUUCGUGUGGGGGGCUGGGGUGUCUGUGGGUGUGCCGGCGGUUGGGGGUGUUGUGGGGCUUUUGCGGGGGUGUGGGGUGGAUUGGGUUGUCAUUGUGUGUGUGUGUGUGGUGGGGGGGUGUGGAUGGGCGUGGUGCGCGCCCGCUCGCCUCGCCUGUGCCGCCGGGGCUCUGGCGUGGCCCGCCGGCCUCGUGUGUGGGGGCCGUUGUGGGGGUUUGUUGUGGGGGGUGGUGGGGGGGUGUCUUCUCGUCGCGGCCCUGGUGGGGGCGGUGUGUGGGGGCGCCGCGGUGCCCGCCCGGGGGGGGCGCGCGGGCCCGGCGCCCCCCCGCCCCCCCCGCCCGCCGGCGGGGGGGCGGCGGGCCCGGCGCGCGGGGGCGGCCGGGCGUGCGGGCUCGGUCUGCCGGGGGGCGGGGCGCGGGCGGGGGCGGUGUUGUCGGGUGGUGCCCCCCGGGCGGGGGGGGGGGGAGGUCUGCGGGGGGGGGGGGCUGGUGGGGGGUGCUGUGCGCGGGUGGUGCCGGGUGUGUGCGGUGUGGUGUGUUCGCUGUGUGUUUAUUUGCGGGGUGUGUGCUUUGUGGUGGUUCUCACUCGGGUGUUGGUUGGUCGUUUGUGCGGUGGUGUGGUGGUGCUGUGGUGGGCGUGGGGGGGGGGUGGGGGGCUUGCUGUGCGCUGGUCUGCGUGCUGGCGGGGCGGGGGCGGGGCGGGCCCCGUGCGUUUGGUUUCGGGCUUUGGGUUCCUGCGUGGCUUUGGUCUUUGCGGGUGGCUGGGGGGGGGUGUUUUGUCCCUCCCCCGUUGGGUCCCUUGCCCCCCUGGCUUGUCUUCCUCUUGUUUCUGCCCCGUUUCCUUGUCCUUUGUCUUGUUUUUCGGGCGGUGGGGCGGGGGGGGGGGCGGGGGUUCGUUUUGCUUGUGGGUUUGUUGCGGUGUUUGUGUGUGGUUUGUUGUUUGUUGUUGCGGGUGUUUUGGUUGGUUUGCGGGGGGUGCCGCUUGGUUUUGUCGGUCUUUGCGCGGUGCCCUGUUUCUGUGCGUUGGGUUUUGUGGGUGUUGGGUUGGGCUCGCGUGGCUGCGCGCCGGUUGGGGUUGGUGGGGGGUGCGUCGUUUGGCGGUUGGGUGGCUUGGCGUCGGGGUUGGGUGGGGGGUGCCUCGUGGGGGCGCGGGUGGGGGGGGGCGGGGGGGGGGGGGGGCGCGGCCUGGGCGGGUGGGGGGCCGGGCGGGGGUGGGGGGGGGGGGGGGGGGGGGGGGCGCGGGGGGGCGGGUGGGGGGUGGGGCGGGCGGUUGCGGGGUGGGGGGGUUGGUGUUGUGUUGGGGGGGCGGGUUGUUGGUGGGUUGUUUUGUGGGGGGGUGCGGGGGUGUGUGGUGGCGGCGGGGGUGGGGGGGGGCUGGCUAUGGGGGGUGGGGGGGUGGGGGGUGGGGGUUGGGUGGGGGCGGGGGGCGGGGGUGGGCGGGUGUGUGCGGGUGGGGGGCGGGGCGGCGGGGGUCUGGGGGGGGCGUGGGGUGGCUCAUGAGGUUUAUAGCGUUUAUGGGGGGGGGGGGUUGUAUGGGUUGAGCGAUGUGGGAAGGUGGGUGCUAUUGUGUGUAUGUGGUGGGCGGGGGUACCUGCGUGGCGGUUAUGCGGUGGUUUUCGAAGCGGUUUUGUUGGAUGAAGUGGAGUGUUGGGAUUUGGAGUUGUGUGUAGGGGACAAAAUGAGACUGGUGGCUGGUGCUGGGGGCGGGUUGGGCGGAGGUGUUGUUGGUGGGGGGGGGGUUGGGGGGGGGUGUUUGGGGGGGCGUGGUGGUGGUCGGGGGUGGUGGGCGGGCGUUGGGUGGGGGGUGUUUGGGUGGUGGGGUGGUGUGGGGUUGUGUGGGGGUGCUGGCGGCGGGUGUGUGUUGGGUGGGGGGGUCGGGGGCGGUAAUGUGCGUGGUGGGCUUGUGGGUGCGGGUGGGUGGCGUGGGGCGUGGGGUUGUCGGUGGGCGGGGGUGGUCGGAUGGCGGGCGGUGUCGUGUGUUGUGGGGGGGGUGGGUGUUGGGUUGGGUGUAGGGUUGCUUGGUGUGGCGGGGUGUGGUGGGUGGUCGGGUGGUUGGUGGGCUGUGUUGGUGGUUGGGGGUUGGGGGUGGGUGGGGUUUGUGUCGGUGUGGUUGCGCGGGGGGGGGUUUCUUUGCUUGGUUGGUGGGGGGGGGAGGGGGGGGGUGUAUUUGGGUUGGUUGGUCGAAUUAUUGGGUGCAGGAAGGGAUGGGGUGGGGGUGUGUUGGUGUGUGUGUGUGGUUGUCUGGGGGGCCUGUGUGGGGCUGGGGGGGGGGGGGUUGGGGGGUUGCAGGGGUGGGGGGGGGGGGGGGUGGGGUGCCGGCGGCGGGGGGGGCCCGCGGCGGGGGGGGCGGGGGGCGGGGGGGCGGGGGGGGGGUUCCGUUCUCUGUGGCGCGCCGGGGGGGGGGGGGGGGGGGGGGGGGGGGGGCGGGGGGGGGGGGGGGGGGGGGGGCGGCGGGGGGGCGCGGGGGCGGGGGGGGCGGGGCGCGCCGCGGGGGGGGGGCGGGGGCGGGGGGGGGGGGGGGGCCGGGGGGCGCCGGGGGGCGGGGGGGGGGGGGGCGGGGGGGGCCGUGGUGUUUGUCGGUUGGCGGGGGGGGGUCGUGGGCGUUUGGUUUUUGGGUCGGUGGGGGGUGUGUGUCUACCGUGGUGGGGCGGUGUGGCGGGGUGCCGGGUGGUGUGGUGGGGCGGGGGCGGGGGGCGGGGGGGUUGCCGGGGGCAGACAUACAGACCUCUCCUGUCUCAGCAGCUAA